AUGAGUGAUACCGCUUUGCUAACACUCGAUCAUUUACCCGGCGGAUAUGAUACGAUGAUAGCGAUUGCCGAUUUUUGUUAUGGGGUCUCUAUUGACGACAAACUGACAACUAAAAAUAUUGGUCACGUGACGUGUGCAGCCAUCUAUUUACAGAUGUCGGGAUCUGGUAAUCUUAGUGAAAUAUGUCAAUCUAAGCUAAAGAAAUUAACAAGUGAUGUUUCUAAUUGUUUGGAAAUAUUGGUGAAUUGUGCUGAAAUUGCUGAAGUUGCUCAAGCAGAAGGAGUCAGUACGUUUUGUGUGGAGACGGCAGUUGAGCAUUGGUGUAAGUUGAAGAAACUUCCAGUUAAUUGGACGACUGCUAUCAUUGACUUGAUGCUAACCAGAAGUUGCUACAGCUCUUUAUGUACGUACUUUGUUGCAGGAUACAUUGAUUUUAUAAUGCAGUGUUUUUUCGAUGUGAGAAAGACAGAAUCUUUUCACACUGCUAGUGCUACGUCGAACUCUGUGUACGCAACAAGCUUAAGUGAACCUAUAGUUGUAGCAGAGCCCCCUAAUGCUAUAGAGGUACCAUUUCUGUCUUGCUCACCAGAGGUUUCUGAUCGUUCUACAGCUGCCGCCACAUCUUCCUCUGAGAAAGAUUUAGUUGACUCAAAAAAACAGAAAGCUGAAGACUUAGCUCUGUCUUCUAAUGAAACUACUACAAGUGAUUGCUAUUCACGUUAUCAUUUGCCUGAUGCUGAGGAAAGUCUUCUCAAUAGUUGUUUUGAAGCUUUUGUGUACUACCUUCCAGAUGAUGUGUUGACACUAGAAAUACCAACUUUUACAGCCAGUUGGUUGUCGUCCGCUUUACGGUUUUCUUCAGCUUUUGUAACCCAAAGCGAAGAAAGGUUGACAGCCUUGUGUGCAAAAAUCUACAAUCAACUUACUGGGAAGGACGUUAUUGAAUUGACGUCUAGAGUGAUGGCAAAUCUAAACAAUCGUGUUCACACCAAUGGAUACGAAUACUCUAACAGUGUUAUAGAGCUAUCUGAUUAUUAUCUCAAUUACCACGCAGAACGAGGCACAAUUUCUGCCGCUCAAUUUACGGAAGUUUUGCAGUCAACGUUGUGGACAUGUCGCUCAUCGUUUGACUCUCCGUUUGAAGCAAUGGAAUAA